GUGUGUGUGUGCGCGCACUACAGCGCGGUGGACUAAGGCCCGAUCCCUCAGUAGUAGAGGAGGCCGUGCAGUGGGCCAGUACACACAGGGCCGAUAUCAUUAUUGACGCGAGUCGCGCGCGCAGCAAGGAGCCGCUGCCGCCGCGGCGCGUGCGGCGCUGGGCGUUCGGCCUGCGCGAGCUGCUGCGCGACGCCGCCGGCCGCGAACACUUCGCCAGGUUCCUCUCCAAGGAGUUCAGCGGCGAGAACCUCAAGUUCUGGCUGGCGGUGCAGGAGCUGAAGUCGUUGCCGAUCCGCCGCGUGGCGGCGCGCGCCUCCGAGAUAUGGAAGGAGUUCCUCUCCUCCGACGCGCCCUCGCCCGUCAACGUCGACGCCGCCAGCAGGGAAUUGACUCGGGUGAAGGUGGAGUCUGGCAUGCCGGAUAGAUACUGCUUCGACCAGGCGCAGGCGCACGUGUACCAUCUGAUGAAGUCGGAUAGCUACUCGCGAUACCUGAGGUCCGACAUGUACAAGGAGUACCUCAACGGGUCCAAGAAAAAGACAUCAGUAAAGGGCAUUCGGUCGAUCGUGUCGUUUACCGGACGUAAGGAGACGUCGUCGAACUAAACGCGGACGUCUGAUGACGUCGGUUAGUUAAUUUAAAAGUUCGUUUAAUUUUGAAGUUUCGAAAUACAAGCCAGUUUCAAGCUGGCUUUUGUUUCGACGUAAAGCAAUCAUUUCUUAAUGUUUAAUAUUUUGGAUUUCAGCGAAAUCAGUUCAGUGUGAUCGUAAGCAUGACUUAUAUUAUCCCCUUAUUCAUAGGCGUUAUUAAUCUAAGGACGGAGCAUUGUGAUAACAAGUCUGUUUCCCAGCUUUGUUUAUCUGACAGCCAACUAGAUUCAAGUUGUAUCUCAAUAUUAGCCAAUCACAACGGCCCUGUGUCUACGCACUGCGAAGGCUGCCAUGCCGUCAGCACUGAAACAGACUUGUUAUCACAGCAAUACUCCGUCCUUAUAUAAAUAACCUCCAUGAAUAAGGGGGUAAGGGUUAAACUAAUGCACUGAAAUAUAAUUGUUAUUUACUUUAUUAUUUGACUCUACGUUUUUUCAUUGGAUGUAUUAGAGGACCCCUAGUGAUUCAAUGUAAGGAACAGAUGAAACAAUUUAACUUAAGAGUCCAUUAUGACUCGUACGCAUAAACAAUGCUUAUAGUAGUGUAAAUCUACAGUAUUGUGAGUGAAUACGUGUUCAAAGCUAAGUUUAGACUACGACACUACUCAUAUAAAUACCGACGGUCCCUACGUAUAGUAUCCGAAUCUGCAAAAUUGUAUUUUGUAGAUGCAAUACUUUGCGUAGGGACUGUCGAUAUUUUAAUGGUCCUUAUUAAAAUGAACUGCAUUUAUUUAAGACAAUAAGGAUCGAAGUGCUUAUCGCCAUGGUAAUUAACACUAAACAAGCGAUGUUUAUACCACGGUUCUACGUAAAGUAUUGCAUCUGCAAAUGCAAUUUUGCAUAUAGUCUGGGCGCCGUAUUCCGUCUAAGGGGGUAUAUUCGUCUUUUUGUGAGUAUUAGUGAGAGUCCGCCUGGAUAGGUACAACUGCAAUGUCUAUUUCUGUCAAGCAGUUUGUAGUCACUGUUGUAGGUUUGAAGGACAUUGUAGCCAGUGUAACUACUGGACAUAAUAAUAUCUCAUGUCUCAGACGAGCGCAGUGGAAUACCAAACACUAUAAUUCAAGGUGGUGUUUCUACUGUUUAUGGAUGGUUACCAUCAGGCGAACGGUAAGCUCGUCUCGUCAUUCAAAGCAAUAAAAUAAAGCUUUGUUUGCCGUGUAGGGAAGAAAUUCACAGAAUCGCCUUUUAUGACUUCAUAAAGAUCUCAGGAACACACUGGAUGCAGGCUUUCGACAGGUCCGUCUGGAAAUCUUUGGGGGAGGCCUAUGGUCAGUAAACUUUAUGUGGCUGAUGAAGUUAAAUUUCUAAGUGAGUGUUGGUAAAAAUUACUCGCGGAUUCGGAUUUGCAAGUUCUCUUGCUCAUACCAACCUCGCUAUAAUAAUAUCGGCCCUGUAUUAUAUACUGUCCCACUGCUGGGCCUCCUCUACUGAGAGAUUAGGCCUUAGUCCACCACGCUGUAGUGCAGGACUUCACACACCCUCAUUCCUAUAGCGAACUUCUCAGGUAUGCAGGUUUCCUCACGAUGUUUUCCUUCAAUAACAAAGUUUACAGUAAAUAUGCUUGUGUCGUAGUAUGAACUUGGUGUAAGACUGUCAAUAUUUUCCUAUUAAAGGAAUUGUUAUUUAAUAAUUAGAUAAAAAUUGCAUAAUCUGACUUUAGGGGGUGAAGAUGGGGAAUGGUUGAGUUCAAAAUUAACGUAAGUGAAGAAAAAAAGCAAUCAUUUUUAAUAGUAAAUUUAGGAGAAUGGUGCAGGUGGAAAGAGGCAAUUUAUUUUUGUUUGCACGUCUUAUCACAUCACGAUAUUUUUACUGUUUAGGCACUUGAACCACCGCCGACGUAAAGUGACGUACUGUUGACAGUUUUUUGCUCAAUAAAUUUAAAAUGUAGAUCCCAUGUGAGUAAUAUACAGUCAUUUUGACAUUGCGUUAAUAAAUGAAACAACAUACUAUUUUUGUGUGAAACAUUGUGCGAAAUAUAAUCUAUCAAUAACGAAUAUUUUCACCAAAAUUUCGGUUUUAGUUUUCUGUUUUUUUUUAUAAUUUUGUCGUCUAGUGUGAAUGGUAUGUGAGUGAGUGUUUCUGACUAUAAGUGUGACGUUGCUGCGACGAAUUCUUUUAGAGCAGUAGUAGUGGCAAUAAAUUGUAAAAUUAAAAUUGCUUUGUUGACAUUUAUUUUAUUCGAAACAAACACUUUUUUAUUGACUUUACACGCGCAUCUCUAUACUUGCUAAAUCGUUCAUCGUCGGCGAUGGGACUCGUGCCUUGGGCUUUUACGAUACAAUAACUUAUGACGUGUAUAAUCGUCUUGCGACUUUUCUCGUCGCGACGUCUCAUAACGUCGACGUAAUUAUACGUCCGAUGUAAAUUCUUCCCUAUCUUCACCCUCCUUCGCCCCUAGGCGUUAACACUUUCAAAUUGUAAUUUUUUAAAAACACUUUGUAAUUAAUUUUGUAUGUGUAUCUCGGACUUUUAGAAGUAUUGUAGUACCAAUAUCCGUUGUAAGGUGGCGCCUCUGUACUUAAAAAAAAUAUGAGACACUUUCAAUUAUUAGGCGGUAUAAUUUUGAUAACAGACGAAACGCAAUAUUGAAAGUGCAAUGAAUGUCAAGGUAAUCUUUAGGGUCAAGGUCAAGGUCAUAUAAAAAUGUAAUUUCAAUGUCGUCUUUAAUUAUGUACUAGUGACUGCUUUGACCGGCAUUUUUAUUUUCUAACUAAAAUAUCAUGUAAAGAUCAAAGUCAGUUUUAGUGACUUCGUUUUGAUUAUGCAAACACCUUUUUGAAAUAUAAUAUCAGCCCUGUAUUAUAUACUGUUCCACUGCUACACGGGGCUCCUCUACUGAGAGAUAAGGCCUUAGUCCACCACGCUGUAGUGCGGGUAGACUUCACACAUUCAAAAUUCCUAUAGAAAACUUCUCAGAUGUGCAGGUUUCCUCACGAUGUUUCCCUUCACCGUUAAAUCAAGCGAUAAUUCACAAAUACACACAUAACAUUAAAAGUCAGAAGUGUUUGUGUUUUGGACCAGCGGACAUUCGUCUCGGCAGUCCAUUCCACAACCAACUAAGAUAUCUCCUAUACAUACUAUGUAAUAAUUAGGUGUUUUUAUAGUAAAGUUCGUUGAACCCGGACAAGACCAUCAUGUGCAAUCGAAUAUUGCAAUCAAAUGGUGCAAUUCGAUCGCAAUGGGAAAGGAAUUGUCUACCAGUGUUGUAAACUUAAUUACUAUGUUUUAACCUAGCCAAUACUAUGACAGCCAUCCAAUCAGCCAGUCAGUAAGCCAUGACAUUCCCUUCUUCCCACCAUAGCUACCCGAAUCAUUGGAGGAUUUAGAAAUUUUAUAUUUUUUAUUGGUCCGUUCCACACGCAACUAGGCUAUCGCCUAAAAUAACACAGCAAAGGUCAAGGUGAAUGUCAAGGUCAUGUUCAAGGUCACGUACAGCGCCGCCACUCACCGUUCGAACCCAACGUAGCCAAAUUGUAUAGACUGUCGUUUUCUAGUCUAAGUAUUAUUUUUUCUCUUCCUUCUUGAGCUUUAAGAGUGUUAAGAUAGUUAUUCAAUUGUGUGCGUUGUGUUUAUUGCGGCAGGGCUCAGUUUGCGAUGGCGGUGCGUGACUGAUAAGCCAAGGGUCCCGCGUAUAUUGGUAUAAAAACAACUAAGAGAGCGAUAUAUGUUCUAAACUUUAUAAAGUUAUCGUAGUUCAACAGAAUUUGAAAUUUUGAAAUGUUAUACCUUAGUAUGUCAAAAUUUCGAAGAUUUCUGUUUAAAUAUGGCAAAUUUACAAAGUUUAGAACGUUUAAAUCGCUCCCCUAUAAGGCUGUGUUUUUGCAUAUGUACCAAUAUAUAUAGGACCAGUGGAAACGAGGCAGUCAUUGGCUAGGCUCACUCUAUUAUUGAUCUCGUGCGAGAAAUUAUACUGGAGGCAAGAUGCUUUAAAAUUUUUAGUUCUAAUAAGCCUUUGAUCUUGAUUUUUUUGAGGCGUCUAUACAGCCGUGCUAAGCUCAAAAUAGGUAUCUUAAAAAUAACAAAAUCUUGAUUUUUAUGUCGUCAGCUUAAAGAAAUACCCAUCCAAUGAACUUACCUCAAUAACGGUAUCUUGUUUAGAACUUGUUAAAAAACCUUAAAAGAGUGUCUCUAUCUCAGUUAUACAUACAAAACUAUAUUUACAAAACUCCGAUUAUCUCGAAAUAAUGUUUCCCUGAUACCGCUUUGGCGCUUAGCACUGCAGUAUAGUUUGUCAUCAUUUCGCGGCCCACGGAAAA